CCAUAAUUCCCCGGUGUGAGAGAACCGUUCAUCACGGAACAGCACACAGCAACAGAGCUAACAUGUCAGACAAGAAGCAGACCGUAGACUUGGGCUUGUUGGAGGAGGACGACGAGUUUGAAGAGUUCCCAGCUGAGGAUUGGACGGGGCUGGACGAGGAUGAAGAUGCUCAUGUUUGGGAAGACAACUGGGACGACGACAACGUAGAAGACGAUUUCUCAAAUCAGCUGAGAGCGGAGCUGGAAAAACAUGGUUACAAGAUGGAGACGUCAUAGUGGCUCGCACUAAUUCACUGUUCAGUGACGUUGGACAUGGACAUUUAUGUUUGAUCAUCUCUGGAUGGCCGCUCGUCACAAGAAGACUUUCAAGGAUCAUAAUUUGUUUCAUUCUAUUUGUAAUAAAAAAUGAUGUUUAGGAGGAAAAAUGCUUGAGUUUAAUUUUUUUCUGCUAACAAGUUUUACUUCCUUUAGUGCCUGGUUUAAUUUUAAUCCUAAAUUAUUUUAACGUAUCUUUAAGUGAUGGUAAUUUUUUAAAAUUGGGAAUCUUUAAGCAAUACAAACUAUCAAGUAUUUUUCAUACCAAAUAAUCAAUAGGACUGUUAAACUACUCUUUAUUUUUCCUCUGAAAUUGUUCUUUAACUUUGGGUUACAUAUAUUUCUGAAUUCCACUCAGACUGCUGAACUGAAAUGUAUUAUUUGGCUUCAGUGUUUUUACUGAUAGCUGUCAGGAGAUGACAGUGUGACAAAGGAGUGAACAAAAAGUGUGAGACAAGAGAAAAUUGAGACGUACAUAAACUGCACACAAUCCAAGCUAGCGUGUGGAUGUGUGCUUUCGGUGGAUGGCACACAUCCAGAGUCGGUUCCUUAGAGCCAAGCCGCACAGCGUCCCCCCCACCCCUUUCCUCCUCUCCUCCUUUCUCAGCCCCACAGCGCUGAGCCGAGUCCCUGAAGGAGAGAUUAUCCACUGCGGUGUUUGUCAGAGGUGGGGAGGGGGUCUCAGCAUGGGGCCUGCCAUGCCUGGGCCUGCCCCUCACUGCCAUCCAGGCCCUUCUCUUCCGCUCAACACAGCAGGGACUCUCGUACUGAACCAGAGGCCAAUUUAAUCCCGCCACACUCCUCCAGUGAAAUGAUUUCUCUGUGUUUUCAACACUUUUGGUCCAAAAGUCCCAAUGAGGUGAAAUGGAUGCCAGUGGGACCAAGGGGUCCAAUGGUCGCUUCCUCUUGAAAACAAUACACAGCCACGGUUUUUACAGCAAUUUUUUGUUCUGCAGUAAUCUCUGUACAACUCUUGGUUUUUUUUCAAAGACUUGUUUUACAUGGUAAACAUGCAAAAUAAAAAUGUUAAGCAUAAAUAUAUUGUAAAACAUUUUAUCAAUUUAUGUAAGGUAGUCAAGACCAUAGAAAAAAAAUUAAUAAUUCUGUAGAAAUAAAUCAGUAGCAAAUUCUGUAUGAAGGUUGUAUUAAAUAAGAAAAAUUUUGUAAUUUAUUCAUAUCAAUUUAUUCAGAUGAUGAUGUUAAUAUUUCUUUUACCUAGAGCUUUGGUAAUACACUGUGUUCCAAAUUAUUGAGCAAAUUGGAUUAAAGUGUCAUAAAGAUUUUA